AUGAAGUACUUAAUGAUUUCAAUGAUCUCCUCCCCCUCUUGCCAUAAUUUUGUAGCUGAAAAGAAAAAGGAACUUGGGCAACACAUCACCUUCUUCACGCUCCUUUCAUUUUAUGGAUUGCCUCUCAUCGCCUCUUCAUGCUCCUUUCCUUUUAUGGAUUGCCUCUUGAAAACUGACACCUGUGUUCACAUUUUGGGGUUUGCUACCAUCCUAGAUAUCUUGGGUUGUCCCCCAUGUUUUGUAGAUGCGGCUUGGGUUGAUCCAUCUGAACUCAUGAGACAAUACCUCUUCCUCAUGCCUCCCCAACUUACUAAGAAGAUUCUUUUUCAUGUGUAUGGAUUAGCAAAAAGAUAUUGUAAAUGUAAAAAGAGUAGUAGAUUGAAUCAUAACUUUGAAUUUAUAGUGGAGCACGAUACCUUUAAUGUUAUUAGUGCUUAUGAACCUCAGGUUGGGUUAGCAGAACAUCUUAAGGUAAAAUUUUAG